AGUGCAGUGAUUAUACGAAACGUAAGUCAACGUAAACAUUCUCAAAUGGGAAAUUAUGAUAUAAUUUGUGUUUUUAGUUUUCAAAGAACAACAAAGCCAAUAUUGGUCGAUGAUACUUUCGUUUCAUUAUUGAUGCUGACAAAGUUGAUGAUAUACUCGAAUAUUUGAAUAAUAUAAAAUCGAUUUAGUAACGAAGUUGAGCGGGAUAAUUUUUCAGGUUUUAUUGUUUUGAGGCGUAUUGCAAAGGAUUGUAAAAAUAUUGUUUCCUUAAGAAAACCAAAAAGAUGCAAGUUUCAGAGAAGAAAAUCUACCAAAAUGAUUUGGAUGACACUGGCUCAACGAGCUACUUUAGUUUGUUUCGAUUUGCCACAAAAUUGGAUAUCGUCUUAAUACUCAUCGGAAUCAUUUUUAACUUAUUCAAAUCUAUUGCAUUGCCCAUAUGGCUCAUCAUUCAUGCUGAAUUCACAACAUUGUUGAUCGAUCGAACACUUGGGAUUGGAACAAGCUCAACAACAAUAUUCUUACCUUUGUUUGGUGGCGGAAAAGUGUUAACAAAUGCAUCAGUGGAAGAAAAUCGCCAAGAAAUCAAAAACGAUUCCGUUGCCUAUGGUAUUCUAUUGUCACUGGCGUCACUAUUACACUUCGUAGCUGGCAUCGUAUGUGUUGAUUGCUUCAAUCAUGCGGCGCUUCGACAAAUCACUAGGAUUCGCAUUAAAUUCUUUCAAUCGUUGAUGCGACAAGAGGUUGGUUGGUAUGACGUCGCCGGUGGCAAUAACAAUUUCGCCGUUCGCAUCACCGAAGACAUUGAAAAAAUUCGUGAUGGAAUCGCUGAAAAAGUUAGUCAUUUCCUGUAUUUGAUCAUGAGUUUCAUGUUUUGUGUUAUCAUGGCAUUCAUUUAUGGCUGGAAACUGUCUUUGGUUGUGGUAUCGUAUAUGCCAAUAGCUAUGAUAACGAACGUGAUUAUUGGAAAGUUUCAAGCGUCGCUGUCAACCAAGGAACUAAACUCUUACUCUGCGGCUGCAAAUGUCGCCGAAGAGGUGCUGAGCGGCAUUCGAACAGUAUUUGCAUUUGGCGGAGAGAAGGUGGAGAUCGAGCGAUACAACAAACGACUGAUAAAUGCGAAAAAAGCAGUGAAAGUAAAGGGAUUGCUUGCCGGGCUCGGGGAUGGUAUCAUGCGAUUCUUAUUUUUCGGAAUCAAUGCGCUCGCUUUUUGGUACGGUGUUCAACUUGUCUUGGAUGAUCGUGAUAAAGUUGACAAAGAGUACACACCAGCUGUUCUAAUGAUCACAUUUUUCGGUUUAAUUGUUGGAUGUGACAAUAUCGCAAAAAUAUCUCCAUUCCUAGAAUCAUUUGCUGCUGCAUGCGGUUCAGCUACGUCAAUAUUCCGAGUAAUUGAUCGUAAUUCGAAAAUCGAUUCCAUGUCAAAUGAAGGAAAAGUUCUAAACUUAGGUGUUCAGGGAAAUAUUGUUUUUAAAAAUGUGUUCUUCAGUUAUCCAUCUCGACCAGGUGUUCAGAUUCUCCGUGGAUUGGACUUGGAAAUUAAGGCGGGUCAAUCGGUAGCGUUGGUCGGAGACUCUGGAAAUGGAAAAUCGACAUGUUUGCAACUGCUGCAACGGUUCUACGAUCCUGACGAUGGUCAAGUGAUGAUCGAUGGCUGUGACAUACGCUCGCUGAACAUCAAUAUGCUGCGUUCGAACAUCGCAACCGUCGGACAGGAGCCGAUCUUAUUCUCGACGACGAUUGGAGAGAACAUUCGCUAUGGUAAUCCGGAUGCAACGGAUAAAGACGUAGUUGCCGCAGCUCAAAUGUCCGGCGCUCACGAUUUUGUGGCCAAUUUACCGCAAGGCUAUAAUACGUUGGUGGGAGAAAAAGGCUCACAACUCUCUGGUGGGCAGAAGCAGAGGAUCGCUAUCGCACGUGCCAUGAUUCAAAACCCGAAAAUAUUGCUAUUGGAUGAAGCCACAUCGGCUCUGGAUUAUCAAUCGGAGAAGUUCGUUCAAGAAACCCUGGACAAAGCGUCCAAGGGUCGAACCACAAUCACUGUCUCGCAUCGUCUGUCGGCCAUUCGAAAUGCGGAUCGCAUUCUAUUCAUUGACAAAGGACUUGUGAUCGAAGACGGAACGCACAGCCAAUUGAUGACCCAGAAAGGGAGAUACUAUGAAAUGAUAACAGCAGGAAGACUUGAGGAUGAAGAUGAUGAUUUCAUUGACAACAAAAUCAAAGUGAACGAACACUAUGGAAAUCAACAAAAAGUGAACGGUAAACAAUUUUUCAACGAUCAAAAUGAUGGAGCAGACUUUUUCCGAACCUUGUCGGUUGAUUCCAUGGAAAAAGAAGUGGAUAAAUCUGGUGAGAAUAUCCAAUAUUGGAAAGUGUUCAAACGAAUUUGGCGGUUGACAAAACCAGAGUGGUUUAUAAUGUUCUUGGCAACGAUUUGUGCAUGCUUCAUUGGCGCUACAUUACCCGGAUUUGCCAUUUUGUUUGGUGAAAUCUAUGGCGCAUUGUCAUUGGAAGACGCAGACUCUGCAUAUGAUCAAACCAUCAUCAAUUGUAUCAUAUUCUUGGUGGUUGGUGUGGUCACAUUCACUGCAGCAGUCUUCCAGACGUUCUUCUUUUCGAAGGCCAGUGUAAAUUUAGCAACACGGGUUCGAUCAAUGACGUUUGCUGCCUUGAUGCGACAAGAAUGCAGUUGGUACGAUGACGAGAAUCAUUCAUCUGCGGCACUCUCGGCUCGACUCACUGGUGAUGCAGGCAAUUUGCAAGGAAUCAUCGGCUACCCACUUAGUGUCAUUUUCCAGUCACUUUCCACAUUCAUAAUCGGAGUAGUUCUAGCUUUCAUUUACUCUAUGAAAUUAUCGUUUGUUUGUCUGGCUUUUGUGCCCCUGUCAUUGAUCACAGUAUUUGUUGAAGCAAAGCAUAUGUCCAAGACGGCGAUUGUAGAGAAGCAAUCAACAGAAAUUGGAACAAAAAUCGCGACAGAAGCCAUCACAAAUAUUCGAACAGUUGCCAGUUUGAGACAAGAAAAGCAUAUGAUUGAGCGAUAUGUAACCGAAAUGACAAAAGUAUCGUUGAUCAUUCGAAAGAAAAUUGUCUGGCGUGGUUUAGUGAACUCGUUAGCACAAUCGAUUCCAUUCUUUGGCUAUGCCAUUGCACUAUGCUACGGCGGUUUCUUGGUCGCUGAUGGGGAAAUUCACUUCAAAAAUGUCAUCAAGGUAACAGAAUCUCUGCUGUACGGCACAAUUGUGAUGAGUCAAACAUUGGUCUUUGUUCCAUCGUUCACGGCCGCAUUCGUGGGAGCUCAUCGUAUUUUCCAAAUAAUCGAUCGUAUUCCAAUGAUUUCUUCGCCGAACAUAGCCAACAAGAGGCGUAAACCGGAUACAAGCAAUGACAUUGAGUACAAAAAGAUCGAUUUUCGUUAUCCGACCAGACCCGAUGUGCAAAUACUCAAGGACUUCAACUUGAAUGUGAUCGAUGGAAAGACGAUAGCUUUGGUUGGCCCGUCUGGAUGUGGAAAAUCCACUUGUAUUCAGCUGUUACAGCGAUUGUACGAUCCCGAACACGGUCGCAUCCAUAUCGGUCUGGACGAAAUAUCCAGUGACAUUUCACUUAAAGACUUGAGGUCGAAACUGAGCAUUGUCUCACAAGAGCCUGUGCUUUUCGAUAAAACAAUCGCCGAGAAUAUUGCGUACGGAGAUAAUUCGCGAGAGGUUUCGAUGGAAGAGAUAAUCGCCGCUGCCCGAGUAGCGAACGUCCAUAAUUUUAUCAAUCAAUUGCCAUUGGGCUACGAAACGAAUGUGGGCAGUAAAUCAGCGCAAUUUUCCGGAGGUCAGAAGCAAAGAAUAGCCAUCGCUCGUGCCUUGGUGAGAAAUCCAAAGAUUCUUUUGUUGGAUGAAGCCACAUCCGCCCUAGAUUUGCAAAGUGAACAG